AGAAAGAACUGAAAACGGAUAGAGCCCCUUCCUGAACUUACAGUCUAGUACAAGCGUUAAAACAGAGCUAUUAGAGUUGAGGCAAGUCAUGUCAAGGGGAAUAAGGGUGCAAAUAUCAUUUCUGUAGAAGUCGGAGACCAGGAAAAGAUCACAUCUGGUCCGGGCGAUUGAGUUAGCGCGGAGUAAGAAAAAACUUUAUAGAAAACGUGGUGUGUCUCAUGAAACUUUGGAAGAUGGUAGAACUUGGCCCAGUAGAGAAAGUGAUCCAGGUGGACAAAAUAGAGCUAAGGAACUGCAGUGAGAAGGCGCGGGGCAUGCUGGGGAAGCCUUGGGAAGUCCGCUUUCAUGAACUUCAAGGAGAGAAAUCAGAUAAAUAUGAUCCACGUGAUGUUGAAAGGCUACAACAAGAUGAUAACUGGAUUGAAAAUUACUUAUUUUGGAGGCAUAAUAAUGUCGAUGAAACACUGAAGAUGCUUGAUGAGAGUUUUCAGUGGAGGAAAGAAAUGUCUGUCAACGACCUCACUGAAUCCUCCAUUCCCAGAUGGUUAUUGGAAAUAGGUGGUAUUUAUCUGCACGGUUAUGACAAAGAAGGCAACAAGUUGUUCUGGAUCAGGGUGAAGUAUCACAUAAAAGACCAUAAAACCACGUUGGACAAAAAGAAGCUUAUCGCAUUCUGGUUGGAACGUUAUGCUAAGAGAGAAAACGGGAAACCUGUAACAGUGAUGUUUGACCUGUCAGAAACUGGAAUAAAUAACAUAGACAUGGACUUUGUGCGCUUUAUCAUCAACUGCUUUAAGGUUUAUUACCCUAAAUACCUCUCAAAAAUGGUGAUCUUUGAUAUGCCUUGGAUAAUGAAUGCUGCUUUCAAAAUUGUGAAAUCCUGGCUUGGCCCAGAAGCAGUGAGCUUGUUGAAGUUUACCAGUAAGAAUGAAGUCCAAGACUACGUCAGUGUGGAGUACCUGCCCCCGCACAUGGGUGGGACUGACCCUUUCAAGUACAGCUACCCACCACUAGUAGACGAUGACUUCCAGACACCGCUGUGUGAAAAUGGGCCCAUUGCCAGUGAAGACGAAGCUUCCAGUAAAGAAGAUCUAGAAAGUGAUGGCAAAGAAACCUUGGAAACGAUUUGCAGUGAAGAACAAACAGCUCUCCUAAAAAAGAUUAACAUAACCGAACAUACUUCCAAAGCAGAGGAGAAUGAAAAGGUUGAUUCCAAAAUGAAAGCUUUCAAGAAACCAUUGAGUGUGUUUAAAGGGCCCUUACUACACAUCAGCCCAGCAGAAGAACUGUAUUUUGGAAGUACAGAAUCUGGAGAGAAGAAGACUUUAAUAGUGUUGACAAAUGUAACGAAAAACAUCGUGGCAUUUAAGGUGAGAACAACUGCCCCCGAAAAGUACAGAGUCAAGCCAAGCAACAGCAGUUGUGACCCUGGGGCUUCCGUUGAUAUAGUCGUGUCUCCCCACGGAGGUUUAACAGUCUCUGCCCAAGACCGUUUUCUGAUAAUGGCUGCAGAAAUGGAACAGUCCUCUGGCACGGGCCCAGCAGAAUUGACUCAGUUCUGGAAAGAAGUUCCCAGAAACAAAGUGAUGGAGCAUAGGUUAAGAUGCCAUAUUGUUGAGAGCAGUAAACCAACCACCCUGACCUUGAAAGACAGUGCUUUUAACAUGUCAGAUAAAACCAGUGAGGAUCUCUAUCUACAACUCAAUCGUUUACUAGAAAGCAAUAGGAAGCUUGAAGACCACGUUCAGCGUUGUAUCUGGUUCCAGCAGCUGCUGCUCUCCUUAACAAUGCUGUCGCUUGCUUUGGUCAUCUCUUUCUUCUACUUGUUGUACACUUAAAGGACUACAGUUCAGUGAGAAACAGCUCUUUCACUCAUUAGUUGGAAAAGGACCCAGAACUUCAUGCUACUACAAGUUUUGCACAUCUGUGCUUCCUGAAAGGAAACGUGCAACACUUAGAGGGGAACAUAUAUGUGUCCCGAAAAUAAACUCUGUUAGAAUAAGGAAACACUGGAGAGAUUGAUUUUAAGAGACCAUAGUUAUACUUAAUCAAGUCAAGGCAUAGCCACUGUGUAAAUUAAUACUUUAGAUAUAAUUUAUUUUUUCCUUUUGAUUUGAAUACUUUGAAAGUUUCAGUUUUAUUGUAUGUACCCAUUAGCUGGACUGAAAAGUAGAAGUAACAAGCUUUGUUGCAGCCAAAAAAUGUAAUCUGCUUUUUUUUAUGAUAAAAGUAGUAUAGCUGAACCAACUUAUUAGCUUUUCUAUACUAUGUAUAUAGAACAUGUAUAUUGGAAAAAAAAAAGCCCAUACUUAAAACAGACUAAUUUCUGUAAACAUGACUUUGUAAUUUUGAGAAUUUCUUCCAGAUGUUCGUCAAUAUUCUUUGUGUAUGUAAAACUAUUUAAUGCCAAACCACCUUUUAGCCUUUGUUUCUUAAUCUGUCUUCCUUACCAGUCUGCCUCUUAUUAAUCUCGGACUUUUGUAUGAACACGCACAUUUACAUAGGAUUUGGGAACCGAA